AUGGCCCAAGCCGUCACCAUCCCCAGCGCUUCUCGCGGAUACGCCGACAAGCCAGCACCAGAGAAGCGCGCUACCGCCCUCCUCGAUCUCCUGCCCGGCAACUCCAUUGUCAGCAAGACCGGAUGGGUCACUGCUGGAACUGGUAUCGGGGCUUUGGCCAUCUCCAACGAACUCUACGUUGCCAACGAUGAAACCGUCAUCCUCGCCGGCUUCGUCAUCUUCGCUACCCUCAUCGGAAGAACACUUUCCGGUCCCUACCAGGAGUGGGCCCAGGGCCAAGUUGACGUGAGCAUCAUGCAUGGAAAUGGCGUGAAGCUGGACUAGAGUGGGGCCGAUUGCAGUGACACGAGCCUACUGUGCGAUCCACUGGCGACGUCGCGUAGAGCAGGCCUGACCGGCUUCGUUACGAGGGUGGACUUCCAUAACGCUUCAGGUCGAGAGCGCAUCGAGUCAGGCUGGCCAAUGGGAGCUGCGUGCGCUCAGCUGACGUGUGUCUUGUCUCUCACAGAAAUUCACGAACAUCCUGAACGGAGCUCGUGCCGAACACACCAAGGCAGUCCAGAGCCGCAUUGACAACGUAUCCCAGCAACAAGACGUUGUCAACAUCACCAAGUCUCUGUUUACGCUCGCAAAGGUGCGUACCUUAUUGCUGAACACGUGUGUUCUCUGAGCACGACAUUGAUCCUGCCACCCUUCAUGGCCGCCUUCACCGCGUAUAGGAGACUGCGCAAACCGAACAAGCCGCAUUUGAGCUUCGCCAGAAGACCGAAUUGGCUGCUGAAGUCAAGUCCGUUCUUGACUCUUGGGUGCGCUACGAGGCUCAAGAGCGUGAGGCUGAGCAGAAGCAGCUCGCGCGAUCCGUCAUCGAGAAGGUCACUGCCAGCCUGCGCGACGAGAAGCUCCAGAAGUCGAUCCUGGACGAUGCGGUCUCCGAGAUCGAGCGUGAGUCUCGCAUGCCGAGCAGAUGGAGUCCACGUACUUUGAAUUGCUAACAGAAUGUUUUGGACCUCUUACCACUAGGUCUUGUCAAGAGCAAGGCCAUCUAG